GUCCUGAAGAAGACAAGGUUAACUGAAACACGGACGAGGAAGUAUCAUACGGGUGUUUUACAGCUAGCCCCAUCCAGAUCCGGGGACCCAGCCGAUCCGCCCGGCCGCACCACACCGCCGAGACCUCUAAACCCAUCCCCGUCCUCCUCACUCCGGCGCGGCGACGAAACAUCCCGCCGCCGCCCCGAUGGCCGACGGAGCCAGCAGCAGCGGCGGGCGCGGGGGCGCGGGCGAGUCGGUGGUGGUCGACUACGGCCGGCGCCGCACCAUCUGCGGCUACUGCCGAUCCUCCGGCCCCACGAGCAUCUCCCACGGUCUGUGGGCUAACAGUCUGAAAGCUGACGACUAUCAAGUUCUCCUUGAUCGUGGGUGGAGGAGAUCUGGCUGUUUUCUUUACAAACCUGAGAUGGAAAGAACAUGCUGUCCCUCAUAUACAAUACGCUUAAAGGCAAAUGAGUUCAGUUGUUCCAAAGAGCAAGGUCGUGUACUUAAAAGGAUGCAAAGAUUCCUUGAUGGCGAGCUUGAUCCCCAGGUUGGAAGUCCGCAGUGUAAGGCAAGCCCUACAAAACGCUCACUCAGUGAACCUAUGAAUUCACCAACCUCAAAAGUGUCCAAGGUAUCAGCAAAUGAGUUUCGAGCAGCCACAUGUCCAAAUUUUUUGAAAGAAGAUGAGUUCACCAGCUGUCUGUCAAGCAAAAUCAACGAGGCAAUAGAUGCAUGCUUCCAAGGGGGAAUAUUAGGCUCUCAUCUUCAACUCCCUAAAGCUGUUGUGAAGACUGUUAAACCUCAAGUAAAAAAGAAAGUAGGAGAAGCAGUGCAAGAAAAGAAAGUACAAAACACAGUGCAAGAUUUGGUGUAUACAUGUAAUGUAAGUUUCCAAAUAGUGGCAACAGUUAGACGUGCAUUGGCUAAAGAAAAAGGCACUAAUCAAACUGAAGUAUUAGCAGAUCCUAAAGAAAAGGGCACUAAUCAAACUGAAGUAUUAGCAGAUCUUUCUCCUAAUUAUGUUGCAGAAAAGCUGGCCAUGACAAUGGAACGUCUCGGAGAACUAGCUGAUUUUGAAGUCAAAGCAUGUAAUGGGCAUCUGAAUUUCUAUUCAGCCACCAAUCAGGCAACGCAGAACCACUCCAGCACUUAUGUACCUACACAAGCUUCAGACAAGGCUAGUAGCUCAAAACAAAGCUCUGUGAACAGAAAUAAUGCAAGGCAUCCUCAAAAAAGAAGAAAACUAGAGAUUAGGAUGAGCAUAUCACAUUUUGAUUCUGAGGAGUUUGCUUUGUAUCAAAAGUAUCAGACAAAAGUGCACAAGGACAAGAUAGUUACGGAAAGCUCGUACCGGAGAUUUCUAGUAGAUACACCAAUUGUGUUUGUUCCCCCAAAGAGUGGUGAUAAUACAGUUCCACCAUGUGGGUUUGGGUCUUUUCAUCAGCAGUACAGAAUUGAUGGGAAACUUGUGGCUGUUGGUGUAGUUGAUAUCCUUCCUAAAUGUUUGUCAAGCAAGUACUUGUUCUGGGAUCCUGACCUUGCUUUCCUAUCUCUUGGAAAGUAUACAGCUCUAAAGGAGAUAGAUUGGGUCAAGACAGCACAGGAGCACUGUCCCAGCCUUCAGUACUACUAUCUUGGUUUCUAUAUACAUUCUUGCAAUAAGAUGAGAUACAAAGCUGCAUAUCGACCAUCAGAACUGCUCUGUCCAGUCCGUUAUGAGUGGGUUCGCUAUGAUUUAGCCAAACCUUUAUUAGAUAGAAGUUUGUAUUCCGUUCUAUCUGAUUUUGCUACAAUGCAAGAUGAAAUGCAUCAACCACAGAUUUUUGGUCCUAAUAAUGACUCUUCAGCAAAAAUUGACCACUUUGAGUCUCCCAGUGAUGAGGAUGAAGAAGAUUUGAACGACUAUGAAACGGGUAUGAUGGUUGAUGAACAGAUAACUCAUUCAGAAAAGGCUGAUACCACUGAAGAUAGUUCCAGCAUAAAUGACAUUGAAAACAUCAUCCUAGACCUGAAUGAUUCUCGAGUUAAAUACAAGGAUCUUCAGCAAGUCUUUGGGCCAAUCGAGAGGCGACACCUCAAUGCACUAGAAGGGCAAUUGAGCAGAUACGCCAAAGCUGUUGGAAAGGAGCUAUCUGAUCGAAUGGUCUAUUCCAUUACCUGAUACACAACUAUGUCCGAGGGGACAGUUCUAUGAGAGGUGCACCUGAAAGUUGAACUCUUGCUCGUUCGGAAAGAGCGUUUGAACCCUGGUACUGUAGUAUUUUUAAGCGCAUCGGUAUGUUGUAAAGAUUCCAAGAAAUAAGAAUGGAGACUGACAUGACAUGA